AGCUGACUGCGACUGCAGUUUAGUGCUUGAGCAGAAAUGUUUUAGUCAUAUUGUGUUUUAGUCUCAUGAUUUUUUUAUGAUCUAGUUUCUUAAUGUAUUAAUUUAACGUUACUCGCAGAUGACGUAAAGCUAGUCGGGAGUUAACGGGCUCCUCACGCUGCGACACUUCCUAAGUUGCCAUGCUGAUAAUAAGCAGAGAUGCAGUGGAAAAGUUUGUCUGUGUUUGUGUUUCUCAUUCACAUCAGCCACACUUCAGGAGCUUCUUAUGUGAUCACAGCUGACGUGGGGACACCAGUAGCAGAUCUCAAACACUUCUGGAGAAGCACUGGUUUCUGUCCCCCUCUCCCUCACACUGAGGCCCACCAGUUUGACCUAAGUAUUGACCAGGAGCUGAACCUGGCCUAUGUGGGCUCAGUCCCCCAUGGAGGGAUCCAGCAGGUCAGGAUACACUGGAUGUUGGAGCUGGUCACAGCACAAGAUGUUGGAGGACAACCCCAGUACAACUUUACAAAGCUGGACCAGCUGAUAGAACUCUUGUGGGUUAAUGGACUCCAACCAGGUUUUGAACUGAUGGGCAGUGUUUCGAACUACUUCACCGAUUUCGAGGACAAAGCACAAGUGGUCGAGUGGAGAAACCUGAUUUAUCUCAUAGCCAAGAGAUACAUCGACAGAUAUGGUUUAGGAAGCGUCUCUCAUUGGAACUUUGAAACAUGGAAUGAGCCCAACAACCACGACUUUGAUAAUGUCACAGUGUCUAUUCAAGGGUUUCUAAACUACUAUGAUGCCUGCUCUGAGGGUCUGCGUUCUGCUAGCAGUCUGCUGAGGUUCGGGGGCCCAGGAGACUCCUGUCAUUCCCCCCCACACUCACCAUACUGCUGGGCCAUGCUCCAGCACUGCUACAAUGGCACCAACUACUUCACUGGAGAGACGGGGGUCCGAAUCGACUACAUCGCUCUGCACAAGAAGGGAGGAGGCUACUCCAUGCCCAUCAUCCAGCAGGAGAUACAGACAGUAGGGGAGAUCCAGGAGCAUUUCCCCAACUUCCGCAGCCUCCCCGUCUACAAUGACGAGGCCGAUCCUUUGGUGGGCUGGUCCAGACCUCAGGAGUGGAGGGCUGAUGUGACCUACGCUGCCAUGGUGGUCAAGGUGAUCAACCAGCAUCAGGAUCUGCUGCUGGCUGACCCAAACAGCACCAUCAACUACACCCUGCUCAGCAACGACAACGCUUUCCUCAGCUACCACCCGCACCCCUUCACCCAGCGCACACUGACCGCCCGCUUCCAGGUUAACAACACCCACCCGCCUCACGUGCAGCUGAUCAGGAAGCCCGUCCUCACCGUCAUGGGUCUGCUGGCUCUGUUAGGAGAGACCCAGGUCCUAGCUCAAGUUUUGAGCCCAGCAGGAACCAAAAACAGCACAGUGGGAGUUCUUGCCAGCAGCCACCAGCCUGUAAUACACGGCGGAUCAGACAGCUGGCAGGCAGCAGUGCUGAUCUACAACAGUGACGACAACAGCACCUCCACCAGCACUGAUGAUAUCACCGUCUCACUGAAAGGCCUGGCUGCACAGACAGGACUUGUGUACGUCACAUAUUACAUGGACAAUAACCUGACCAAUCCAUACCAGCUAUGGCAGAGCAUGGGAAGCCCAGACUACCCCACAGCAGAACAGUUCAGACAGCUCAGGACUCUGCAGGACCCUCAUGUUGAUGGACCCUGGCCAGUUCCUGCAGGAGACACGCUGACUCUGAAGGCUAAACUGUUUGUGCCCUCUGUUCUCCUGAUCCAUGUUUGUGCUCAGCCUAAAGCUGUGCCAGACCAGGUCAAUGGAUUACGCUUCAUCCGGAUCACCAAAGGCCAAGUCCUGAUUGUCUGGUCUGAUCACUGUGUUGACUCCAAAUGCAUUAAGACAUUUGAAGUGGAAUUGUCUACAGACAGCAAGGAGUUCAACAGGAUUAACUCCAAGGACAUCAUUUUUACCUCAUAUGUGUAUUCACCUGUGGACCAGGAGGUUGGUGGUGUGUACAGAGUUCGAGCAGUGGACUACUGGGGAAAGCCUGGACCGUACUCGCUACCUGAGAGGUACUCAGAGGAGCAUUAGACCAGAGUCAACUCUGCUAGCGUUCAUAAAACAUGAUUUAAUUCUUGUGUACAGUGUAAAUUCAUUUUUACAGAGAUCAAUAUGUUUUAUAGUUUAUCUGUUAGCAGUUCAGCAUCAUUUCAGUCAUAUCACUUUUGUUCUUUUUGACAGUAAAAAUGUCAUUUUUCAUCUAGAGAAUUUGAAUGGUAGCUGUUUGAAAGACAUUUGAUUAUAAUAGUCAUUUUGAUAUAAAUAUAUAAAUAUAAAAUUGACAGAAUGCAGUAAUCAUCAGUGUGCAUUUAUAGCUCACAUACAUUUCUGAUGCUGAAUUAUAGAUUUAUUAUUCUGUGACUGGAGAUAUAUUAAGAAAUUGACCACUUUCUUCCUUUGUGGAAACAUUUUUAACUACCUGCAGCAUCAAGCACACAGGAACAUGUAAAUAUAGUAUUUUGAGCCAAAUUAAGUUUGCAUUGGGAAAUCCAUGACAACAAUUUAACCACGGUGUUAAAAUGGGUUCAAAGCUAAAACAUAUCAUGUGUCGUCAUUGGAAGGAAAAUACAAGUUUUAUACAUCAUGUGACUGAGUGCUGAGAUUAGUCAUCAGCUGUUGACACUGAAAAGCUGAUGUUGAUGUGAAUGUGUUUUUUAUAAUGAAUAAGUAAAAGUUGGAUCA